CCAAUGUCGGUCGAGCUGCUAGUGUGCUCUUAUACUUCAUUUUAGUCUCACGUAAUAUUAUUAGCACACAACUUUUUUGCAAUUCCGUGCAUAGUGUGUGAAUUUCAGUGGUGCUCUUCUUCCGUUGUAUGCAGUCUGUAUUCUGUAUGGCACCUGAUUUUAUUUCACUAAUACUCCUAUUUGUUUAUAAGCUUCUCAUUUAAUUUCUUCCUCAUCAGCUAAUGACACGUCUUAAACCAAACAAACGCAACUUUCAUAAGGAGGUGUUAACCAACUUGUCAAACUUCUUGCUAAAAUCACCCUAAAAAUAAAUAAUCAAGAAAGAGACCCACAUUUACUCAUCAGUGGAGUGCCUACUUAUUAUUAUCUUUGAGACGAACAUGGUCACUGUUUUUCAUGGAAGUUGAAGUUUGUAAUUAAAUACUAAGAAUUAAAUAUUGUUCAGUGGUUCCAUACCAAAUCAAUUUAACCACAAAACCCAAUAUUGGAAGCCAAUAAUCUACCAUCCUGUUCCUGAUCAAUAUUUUACAUCAGCCCACUCGUUCUGUUUUGUGUUGUACCAAAAGAGUCUCUUGGGUCUCCUGUAUGCUUUAUAUCACAUUAUCAAACAAGAGUACUAAAAAUUUGUGCAUGUGAUUAAAUAAAUAAUUAAAUACUGUGCUGAAUAUGCAAUGCAACAGAGGGUAAAACUACUCGCUGGCUCUCUAUAAAUAUCGUAAUACUUAAUAUGAACACAUGCAUCCUUCCUUGUGCUAUCGGUGAACUUAAUCAUAAAUGAAAGUGAACAAACCUUGGUACACUAUUAGCCUUGAUUGGUGUAUGUACAGUGGGAUGUUGCAAUUAUGAUACGUUGGCCUGCAGUUUAAAUAGCGAACAACCUAUUAUUAUCAUUCGGUGGACUUUAAUUAGAAAUUUUCUAAGGAGUUUGCUGGACAUGAGAUUUUGUGGUUCAUCUCAUCUCCGUGCAUGAGUGAGUUACGAAAACGGGUUCUCCUUCUUGGACAGUACAAAACAAAGUGAGACUUACUUAAAGUUAGAUACAUCCCAGCAAAAACUCAAAAUGGUGUACCAUUGGCAAUCGCUCAACACGAAAGUGUCAGGGGUGGACGAUAUGACGCUAUUGUCUAAGAUCAAUGAUGAUAGCAUAGUGGAAAAUUUGAAAAAACGGUUCAUGGAUGAUUGGAUAUUUACAUACAUUGGCCCUGUUUUGAUAAGCGUAAAUCCUUUCAAGAAUAUGCCGUACUUUGGAGAAAAUGAAAUUUUCAUGUACCAAGGAGCUGCACAGUAUGAAAAUCGUCCGCACAUUUACUCUACGGCCGACAAUAUGUACAGAAAUAUGCUCAUUGAUUGCGAAAAUCAAUGUUUGAUCAUAUCAGGCGAAUCUGGCGCUGGGAAAACGGUCUGCGCUAAAUAUGUUAUGAACUACAUUUCCAAAGUGUCUGGAGGUGGGGCCUUGGUUCAGCAUAUCAAAGAUGUCAUUUUAGAAUCCAAUCCACUUCUUGAAGCAUUCGGAAACGCGAAAACUGUCAGAAACAAUAAUUCGAGUCGAUUUGGAAAAUAUGUGGAAAUUAUCUUUGGGCUGGGUGGACAGCCAACGGGUGGAAAAAUCUCAAACUUUCUUUUGGAAAAGUCUCGUGUGGUUUCAAUAGGUUCUCAAGAACGCAGCUUUCAUAUCUUCUAUCAGCUUUGUCUGGGGGCGAAUGAGCCUCUUCGUUCUGAACUAGGACUUUCCCAACCAAACAAUUUUUUCUAUUUAAACCAAAGCCCAUGCAUGACUGUCGAAGGAACAAACGAUGCCAAUGACUUUCGUGAAACUUUAAAUGCAAUGACUGUUGUCGGAAUGCAAGAGGCUGAACAACGGGAUAUUUUUAGAGUAGUUGCCGCUAUUUUGCUAAUCGGAAAUAUUCAAUUUCAUGAAUCCGAGAAUUAUGCAAGCAUUACGAACAGGAGAGCGUUAGAGCGUCCUGCUGCUCUGCUGGAAAUUGAUUCUGAAUUGUUGGGCACAAAAUUGGUUAGCCGAGUCAUUGAUGGGAAAUGGGGGAGACAAACGGACCGCAUAGAAAUGACCUUGGGAAUCGAACAGUCACUCUACACUCGAGACGCACUCUCCAAGGCCUUGUAUACGAGAAUCUUUGAUUUUCUAGUUCAAAGAACCAAUCAAGCUAUGGUCACUCCCACCCAAGGUUAUACGAUGGGCAUUCUGGACAUUUAUGGAUUUGAAAUUUUCCAGAAUAAUGGAUUUCAGCAAUUCUGUAUCAAUUUUGUCAAUGAGAAACUCCAACAGAUUUUCAUCGAAUUGACGCUUAAGGCUGAACAGGAGGAAUACGUUAUCGAAGGUAUACGAUGGACCCCAGUCGAUUAUUUCAAUAACCAAAUUGUCUGUGAACUGAUUGAGGAGACAAAACCACCAGGGGUAUUUGCAAUUCUUAACGAUGUUUGUGCAACGUUACAUAACGUCACUGCCAAUGCGGACAAUGAUUUACAAAAGAAAUUGGGUAAAGAAGUCAGCGGUCAUCAACACUUUCAAACAACGGUUGAAGGAUUUGUAAUCCAUCACUACGCAGGAAUUGUUUCUUAUAAUGUCGAAGGAUUUUGUGAUCACAACAGAGAUGUUUUAUUUCCUGACCUGAUUGUUAUGAUGCAGAGCAGUGGAAGUAAUUUUAUACGAAGUUUAUUCCCUGAGCAAAUGGAAAAUAAAAGUAGUACAAGACCCACAACAGUUGGAACAAAAAUAAAAUCCCAAGCCAGUCAACUGGUGGCUUCACUCAUGAAGUGUUCUCCUCAUUACAUUAGAUGUAUCAAACCCAAUGAAACUAAACGACCUCGAGAUUGGGAGGAAGAAAGAGUUCGACACCAAGUUGAAUAUUUGGGUUUAAAAGAAAACGUUCGAGUUCGCAGGGCAGGAUUUGCGUAUCGAAGGGUAUUUCAAAAAUUUCUGCAAAGAUAUGCAAUCUUGUGCAAUGAAACGUGGCCGGCGUGGCGUGGUCAACCUCAAGAAGGAAUUGAAAGGAUUAUGGCCGCGUCUUACAUUGAGAGAGACCAGUACCAGCUUGGUAAGACAAAAAUAUUUAUCAAAGCUCCGGAAUCGCUGUUCCAACUCGAAGAACUACGCGAGAGAAAGUUUGACGGAUACGCGAGAAUAAUACAGAGGGCUUUUCACAAGUAUUUUGACAAGCGUCAACGACAGCGACAACAAGAACAGGCAUCAGCAAUUGUGUUUGGGAAAAAGCAAAGGAGAAAAUAUUCCAUCAACAGAGUUUUUGUUGGAGAUUACAUUGGUUUGGAUCAUCGUCCAGAAUUAUUGAGUUUGGUCGGAAGGAGAGAAAAAGUGGAAUUUUGCGAAAGUGUAACAAAAUAUGAUCGUCGAUUUAAGGGGGCUAAGCGUGAUCUUUUUAUUACCACUCACCGUGUUUUACUAAUCGGAAGGGAAAAAUUGAAACAAGGACCACAGAAAGGCUUAAUCGUACCUGUCAUCAAACGGGAUAUUCAGUAUUCUGACAUUAUUAAAGUUUCUCUUAGUACUCGGCAGGACGACUUGUUAAUUCUUCACAUUAGAGGAACUUAUGACAGCGUUGUGGAGUCAACUUUCAAAACAGAGUUCCUAACUGUUCUCAGCAAAAAAUACAAAGCUGUGACACAACAAGACUUGCCUAUAACUUUCAGCGACUCAAUGGAAUUUACCGUAAAGAAGCAAGGAUGGGGUGGGGGUGGCACAAGGAAAAUUCGCGUGGUGGUGGGAAACUCUGAUCUUGCCGUACUUAAAAUCAGUGGAAAAAUCCUAACAAUGGAAAUUGGCGAAGGACUUGCUAAAAAUACUUACCCUAGAGCGCUAGACAACGAUUUUGUUAGCCAAGCACAACGGCGACCUGUAAAACCUGCCCGAGGACCGGGUGUAAUUCCCAUUUCAUCAUCUCAAAAUCGACCACCCCACCAUCAGCAACAGUAUAACAUGCACAGCAACUCAAACGCCACUCACAUUGGACAAAAUUUCCAGAAUCGUAACAGUAAUUCGUCUGGGGGUGUGCGACCCCCAACGCUUCGCCAGCCUCCCCCACCACCAAGUGAACCUGCACCACCAAAUCAACCUCGAAUUCCCGCAGGAGCAUUUAGGCUCCCAACAACAACGGCAAGUUCGAAUUCAAACACGAAUGGCAAUAAUGUUCAAAGAUUCAACCCUGUCGUCAACAAAGCAAGCAAUCCGUCAGUUCAAAAUGGUUCCACAAACAAUUUCCAAACGCGAAAUGCGACAAGCACUGGGAAUGGCAUCGCUCAGAAAAUGAAUCAACUUCAAGCUAAUUUUAACCCACAACAAACAAUGGCAGAUAUUUUAAAAACUCCGAAUGCAGGAGCAUCCGGCGCUAAACGAACAAGCUUAAGCAAACCAGCACCCGGAGCAGGAAGGCCAAAACCGAAACCAAAGCCAGUGGUAAAAUUGCCUAAAUGUACUGCUUUGUAUGACUAUGAAGCGCGAGACAUUGACGAAUUGGGACUUAAGGAGGGCGAUUUGUUGGAAAUUGUUAAAGAACAUGACAGCGGAUGGUGGCUUGGCAAGCUUCGCGGAAAAGAGGGCCUUUUUCCAUCCAAUUAUGUGGAAAAACUAUAAUGCACCACUAUAACUAGUCCUUCUUUAUUUAAUUAAUUAAUUUUUUACAAUUAUUUUAUUGAGGUUGAACACAUGCGCAAAUAAAAAUAUUUCACACUAA